AUGACUGCACCAUCUCCCACUAACGAGUUAGUUCCCGCCGACGAGCUUGAUGUCCAAAGCGACAAUGAUUCGACUCUCGAUUCGGAUGCAGCCAGUUCUACCGCUUCAGUGUCGGAGAGUAUCCUUGAAUAUCGUCGAAUCCAAGGACGCACAUACCAUAGCGACAAGUUUAGGAACGGCUAUGUUUUUCCAAAUGAUGAUCGACAGUUAGAAUCGGUGGAUUUGAGCCAUCACUAUCUCACUCUUCUUUUGGGCGGUAAACUGUUUCUUGCGCCAAUUGGAGAUAACGUUCAAAAGGUACUAGAUAUUGGCACUGGAAGUGGUAUUUGGGCCAUUGACUUUGGCGACCAAUACCCAGGGGCCGAGGUUAUAGGCACCGACCUAUCACCCUGCCAGCCAGAAUGGGUUCCUCCUAACGUCCGUUUCGAGAUAGACGACGCUACAGAACCUUGGACCCGACAAAAUGACUUCUUUGACUUUAUCCACAUCCGUUAUCUCUUCGGGUCCAUCCCAGAUUGGCACCAUCUCUUUGAAGAAGCCUACCGCUGCUGUGCCCCUGGGGGUUGGAUAGAGUCAGUCGAGGCUGACGUUCGCAUUCGCAGUGAUGAUGGGACUGCAGAUUUGGAGCCUGUAUGGAAGACAUGUGACAAGAUGUACGAAGAAGGAGGCAAGGUCCUCAAACGUCCAUUCUUCGUAAGUGAAGUCCAAGUUGAGGGUAUGAAAAAGGCUGGUUUUGUGGACCUCAAGACGGUGGACUACAAGAUUCCAAUUGGCGGGUGGCCAAAAGACCCCUCCAUGGCCCAAAUCGGACGCUUCGUCCAGCAAACCUUGGAGAACGAUCUUGAAGGCUACUCCUUCUUGCUGUGGAAUCAAGUUCUUAACUGGCCUGAAGAUGAGUACCACAUCUUCCUCAUGCAGAUUCGCGGGGCUCUCCGUAAUCGCAAGGUUCACAGUUAUAUCACAACGCGGUAUAUUUACGGCCGGAAGCCAGAGAAGGAAUGA